AUGGAGGGGGACCUGGGGGCCCCCAAUGCCAGCGUGCUGGGGGAGCACUCCCUGCUCGUGGGCAGCAGCUGGGUGGCCGCUUUCCUCUGCUUCAUCAUCCUGCUGACCACGGCGGGCAACUUCCUCCUCAUCCUCCUCAUCCUCACCCAGCGCUCCCUCCGCAACACCUCCAACUAUUUCCUGGUGUCCCUCUUCAUGUCGGACCUGAUGGUGGGGCUGGUGGUGAUGCCCCCGGCCAUGCUCAACCAGCUCUACGGCCGCUGGGUGCUCAGGGGGGACUUCUGCUCCCUCUGGGCCUCCUUUGACGUCAUGUGCUGCAGCGCCUCCAUCCUCAACCUGUGUGUCAUCAGCCUGGACCGCUACCUGCUCAUCACGUCCCCGCUCAGGUACAAGCUGCGCAUGACGUCCUGCAGGGCCCUGGCGCUCAUCCUGGCCACCUGGAGCUUGGCAGCGCUGGCCUCCUUCCUGCCCAUCAAGAUGGGGUGGCACGAGCUGGAGUUUGAGGUGCGGCCCCUGAACGUCACGGGGCUGGGGGAUGAGGAUCAGUGCCGGCUGCUGGUCAGUCUGCCCUACGCCCUGGUGGCCUCCUGCCUCACCUUCUUCCUGCCGUCCGCCGCCAUCUCCUUCACCUACUGCCGCAUCCUGCUGGCCGCGCGCAAGCAGGCCGUGCAGGUGGCUUCCCUCACCUCCAACGUGGCCACCACCGAUGAGGCCACCCCACAGGUCCCACGCGCCCCGAGCCAGCCCCUGACCGGCAGCGAGAGCAGGAGGUUCAGCAACAAGCACAGCAAGAAGGCUCUGAAGGCCAGCCUGACCCUGGGCAUCCUCCUGGGCAUGUUCUUCGUGGCCUGGCUGCCCUUCUUCGUCACCAACGUGGCACAGGCAGUUUGUGGCUGUGUCCCGGCUGGAUUCUUCGAUGUGCUCACCUGGCUGGGUUACUGCAACAGCACCAUGAACCCCAUCAUCUACCCACUCUUCAUGAGGGACUUCAAGAGAGCCAUGGGCAAAUUCCUGCCCUGCUGCCGGCGCUCGGCGGAGCCCCGGCCCAGCGCCAUCUCCCUGUCCAUGAGGAACUCCAACAGCGGCCCCCGCGCUGCCACGUCCCUCAAGAACGUGCUCACCCUGCAGGCUGACACCGACUCUGUGGACUCUGGGGCAGUGGGGAGCGAGCCCAGGCUGCUCCCGGCCGGGCCGGGCCAUGGAGCUCGCUCCAUCGGCCUUUGGGAUGCGGAGCCGGCGGACGCGGAGCUGCAGCUCGGCACCCCCGUGGCCUGAGCGCGGCACACACAGCUCGG